AUGGGAAGUUCCCACUCUGUUCAGAGCAAAGAUGAGCGUCGCCGCUCCAACCGUCUCUCUAAACCUCCAACAAACAAGGUAUCCAUAAGUCCCAGUCCCACGAACCCAACUUCGCCUUGUCAAGCUUCAGGGCCCGCUACCGAUACCCUUACCUGGCAGAACCCAUGGACUGGCACCACGAUCCCUGUCAGUCCAUCGGUUCAUGAUCAUCACGCGCAGAGGUCGCAGUCGUUUCCGUCUGUUCCCCAUCAGUCUGAAGCGCCACGGGGUCUUGCGAACGGGGUCAACGGAAGCCGUGUCGUUCUUGAGGAAACAGACGAAUCGUGUCCUCAGUCUCCAUGCGCAAGCUUAGGCAAAGCCAAAGGCUGCAUGCAUGAUCGAGCCUUUGAAGAGGCAGCCUCCUCCAACACGCAUUUCAUGGUAGACACUCAAGGGUUUUCCUUGAUGCGCCGAAGAUCCCUUCUUACGAAACCCGGAAUUGCCACAAGACGAUCUGCAAAAGGGGCCAUUGGAAGGCUUCCACCUUCCAUCGACCAGGAACAUGGGCAUUCUUUCAGCCAUGUGGACUCUCAACUUAGAGACCAGGAGGUCGUCUGUACGCUUUUGCCUGCCCAGCUCCGCCCACCCACUCCAAGCGAUUCAGAGUACACACAUCUCGGCAACCUCAAGCUCGGAUCACUGCGAGUUGUGAAUGGAUCGGCAUCGCCGUGCCCAAGUGAUCGAUCUCGGUUAGAUGAGGCGCGAAGUUCGACCCCUGAAGCCGACGAGAACGCUGCGCAGUCAGCAGCGUCAUGGCGCAACCGUGAUGUAAGUCAAAACAAUGCAGACGCGAGCCGUACCUCGAAAUCGCAAGAAGACGCUCCCUUGCGCUCCGUCCGUCGAGUAGUGGAAGAGUCCCUACAUGAUGUGUCAGAAGGGCAAACCAUCAUGAAUCCGCUUGCGUCAUUGUUGAAAAUCCCGUCGCUGCCCGACUCGAAGGGAUCCGAUGACUUUCCCGCCAGUCCUUUCUCAUUCGAUAAGUCGCCUAUUAAUAUAUAUCCUCAUGGUCAAGAUCCGUAUCUGUUUUCUAAGGAAAUAUACGACGAGGGUGUAUCGGUUCCUGACGAUGGAGAAAUCUUUGGCCACCAAGCAAUGCCAACUGCCCCAGGGGAACCUGGCACAAUAAGGCCACCGAGAUUACACAAAAAAGCUGAUAGUGGCUACAGUUCUGCAACCUCGGUUCGGUCUCUGCAAGACGGUCGUUCUCGAACCUCUAUUGAUUCCCAAGCCUCAAGAAGACAUUCUCCAGAAUAUCACCACUCCACCCUUGGGGACACCGUGAAGGCUUCUCAAAUUCGGGAGGAACAGGGCAAUCAGCUUGUAAUGCGCCGUCAUGUAAGCCUCCAGGGCCACAGGGCGGGUUUUAUGGCUGAAGCGAGUACAAGUACAAUGUGCCAUGAACCCCAAGAAACGCCCUCUUAUGGCCGCAGUAGAAGCUCGUCGUACUCGGUUCCGCGGAAUCCCAAUCGCACCUCUUUUCGAACUCAGUACUGUGCGCAGUUGCGCAACUUUGAGCCGAUUGCCAACUGGAUGCCUCGUUCGUCGAUACGUCAGAUGGAAGACUCUGACUUGGAAGCAGUGAGGGGUGUACGGUACAAAAAGCACGCUGCUCAGCCCAAUGAUCUACGUGAUCUAUCCGUCCACUCUCAGUUGGACCGCACCAAGGAGAUCGUUGACGAUCUCGAAUUACAGAGCAACAGGCUACUCCGGUCAGCAUCAGAAAGUAACUUCGCCCACAAAAGUAACUCCAGAUACGCAAGCACUCGAGCUACGGGAUCAGAAAGGAAGACAGCGGCCAGGAUAUGGUCACAACGACCGGGCAUCGAGGCCCCGCCCUUGCCUAUGUCUCCUAUUUCAGACACUUUCGGAGGCUCAGAGUACCAAAACCGCGAUGUCUGCGCAUGGGAACCAGCACGCGGUAGAAGCCACAGCCGGGGCAUUGAGUUUCCGCACCGUCAACUGGCAAAGCCGCAGGCCCAGAAACGUUCGGACAUCUACCUGGCAACAUCGCCGUUCAUUUUCACUUGA